AUGGUCCUCGGCGACGAGCGUGGCGAGCGCGUAGCCGUCGCAGAGCGCGGCGCGAGCGAGUCGGACAGCGCCUCCGCCGCGCCGCCCGUUCUCGACGAGCUCGCCCUGUUCGCCAUCUCGUCGAGCGUCACCGAGAUCCUCAUGAGCAUCCAGGACCUCAACACGCUCCUGUUCGAGAUCCAGGAGCUGCGCCACGCCACGUCGGCCGCGCCGUCGGCGGGUCCGCCGCAGUCGACCGGGUCGUCGCCGGCGAGCGAGGUGGACGCGGCGCUCAUGCGGCUCGACGCCAAGAUGGACGACGUUCGCAAGGAUUACGCCUUGGUCGAGUCGCAGGUCCAACCGCUCCUCGCCUCGCACGCGCACGACGAGCGCAGCGAGCUCGGCCUCCUGCGGCAGAAGUGGGUCGACGCCGUCGACGAGUGGGACACGGUGCAGAAGGACGCCGAUGCGCUCGGCGACGAGCUCAAGGAGGACAAGUGGCUCGUCGUGUUUCGGAGCGUCUCGAGCCAGGCGAGCGACAUGAUGCGCUCGCUCGACAAGGUCCUCGUCCAGAGCCAGCACUUUGUCGCCGACGUCCACGGUCACGCGCGCCCCUCGUCCUCGUCGAGCGCACCGUCGCCGGGUCGCCUGUCGCGCUCGCCAUCUGCGCCCCACCUCCUGUCGUCGUUCAAGGACCUCCACCAGAGCCUGCGGGCCAAGGUCAAGUACUACGCCCCGGCCACCGAGCGCGUCCUCGCCAUCCUCGCCAAGGGCAUCUCGGACCGCCGCACCAAGAACGGCGAGGUCCUGCGCCGGUUCGGCGACAUGCAGGGCCAGUGGAAGGGCCUGCAGGAGCGCGUCGAGCUCGUCGAGCACGAGAUGCAGCGGGUC